UUGCAAAAGCAAGGGUAUUUUAGUAAUCAUGCCAACUGUCACAUGCCCACUUCCCUCAUUAAAAUUAAACUCCGAGCUUCAGCUGCUGUGCUUCAGCUCACUCGCCCCAACGUCUCUCUGAGCAACGAUGAAUCCGCCUCCGCCGCCGGCAGCGAUUUUCUCGCUUCUUCUCCUAAUCUCCGCCGCCGCCGCAGCCGCCGCCACGACCAGGCCCACCGCCACUCCGGCGGCGCCCAUUGAAGUUCCUCCAACUCCGUCUCCGACCUCCGCCCCCUCCGUCACACGGCCAUUACUGCCACCGACAUCGCCGUCCCCUUCUUCGAACAGUCUUGAUCCGAAGCAACUAAGAGCUCUGCAAUCACUCAGCAUCCCCACUUUCAGGGACCCGUGUAAGCAACCCUCACUUCACAACGCCACCGUCUGCGACUCCUCCGAGCCGUUCCGCCACCUGAUUUUCCUCCGCCUCGCCAAUUGCUCCGACGAUGUUGCUCUGUCAUUCACUGCUCUGAAAUCCCUCUCCACUCUCAGAUCUCUCCAAUUUGUUGACUGCCCCGUUUCCCCCAUUCGCUUCCCCGCCGAUCUGGUCGCCUCUCUCCGAUCCUUCACCUGCACUAACAGCCUCCGCAGGCUCACCGGCGUCUGGCUCAGCCGUCUCGAGAACCUCACCGAUCUCUCUGUCACCAAUGUCCCUGUUAAUGCCUCCGGUCCUUUUGUCAUACUUGGCAGAAUGAAUAUCCUCAAGUCCGUGACUAUUUCGAAUGCGAAUCUCACAGGAUUCUUUCCGAAGCAUUUGAAUCGCAACCUUACCCACAUUGAUUUUUCGGGUAAUAAUCUCAAGGGAAAGAUACCCAACUCAAUUACUCUGCUGGAGAAUCUUCAAUCUCUGAAUCUAGCCUCUAAUGAGUUCAAUGGCGAGAUACCCACUUCCGUCGGAGACCUGAUUUCGCUUCAGAACCUGUCGUUGGCAUCGAAUUCGCUGUCGGGAUCGAUCCCUGAGUCGAUUACGGCAAUUCCAGGAUUGGUUCACCUCGAUCUGAGCUCGAACCAGUUGAACGGAACAAUUCCCAAGUUCCUUUCGGAGAUGAAGAGCCUCAAGUAUCUUAAUCUCGAGAGCAACCAGUUCCAUGGGGUAAUGCCUUUCAAUGGGUCUUUCUUGAGUAGGUUGGAAAUGUUCAAGAUAAAGGGGAAUAGCAAUCUGUGCUACAACCAUUCAAUUUUAUCAUCUAAAUUGAAGCUUGGGAUUGCUCCUUGUGAUAGACAUGGGCUGCCAUUGUCGCCACCGCCAGCUAAGGAAGAUUCGUCGGCUGAUGAAAGUAACAGCGACUACGAUGAUAGUGAUGAAGAUGAUACUAGCAGCCACAAGAAAGAGUCUCAUGAUGGACCGAAUAAAGUAGUUCUUGGAGUCGCCAUUGGGCUUUCUUCCAUAAUUUUUCUCAUUGUUUUUCUGGUUUGUCUGUCCAAGUGUUGUCGUUGAGAGUGGAAAUCGGUUUUAGUUUUAGAAUAGAAAUUUUGGGGUUUUUAAAUUUUCUCAAAUUUUUUUUGUAGAAGCAAUAGUAAAGAAAUCAUGAGAGGCAUUGUAAAUGUAGGGGGUUUGGUCCAAUUAUUUGAAAGGGAAGAGGAUUCACAGUUUGUUA